UGGAGAGUCGCGUGGGAUUUUCUGCGUUAUCUCGUUCGAUAUUACCGAGUUAUUAAAAGUCGUCAAACCUCCUUUUUUUUUGUACCAACUGACAGCUGCGUUUUGUUUCUAAAAACUGGAAACGUUUAAAUGAGUUUCAAGCCAUGCCGGUGGAGUAAAGUGUGUUUAACGGGACCGUUGAGAGGAAACACCGACUAAUGCGCGAGCGCAAACAGACGUGGGUCCCGGUACUUAGCUUGUUUGGAGUUUGGUUUCAAGCUAGCACCUGUUCCGUUUUUGGGGGUUUUGAUGCAGCCGAAUUUGAGUCCAGGGGUUUUCUCCGCAAAUGACGUGGAAUAGCACGAUGAGCAGUGGCUACAGUAGCUUGGAGGAGGACUCUGAAGAGUACUUUUUCACGGCCAGGACUUCUUUCUUCAAAAAACCUUCGGGAAAAGUCACAGUGAACAAGGAUGUGGAGAAAGAGAGAGAGCUGCGGACGGAGUUCAGCAGGGAGGAGAUCAGGCAGAAGAUCGAGCAGUACAACACGCUGACCAAAGACCACCUUAAAAUGACACUCAAUCCUACUGGUGUGUACACCGGUUUCAUCAAGGUCCAGAUGGACCUGAGGAGGCCGGUGACGGUGCGGGGGGGUCAGAGAGGAGCAGGAGGAGCGCUGGUGGGGGAGGCCUUCUAUCUGCCCCGAGGAGUCACCAACACCCUCCACAUCAGCUCCAAUAACACAGUCAGACAGGUGAUCGUCGCCCUGCUGAGCAAGUUCACAGUCGCAGACAACCCGGCCAAAUACGCCUUGUACAAACGCUACCGCAGGGAGGAGCAGGUGUACGUGUGUAAGCUGGCGGAUGGCGAGCAGCCGUUGUUUCUUCGUCUGGUGGCGGGACCCGACGCCGACACGCUCAGCUUCGUGCUGAGAGAACAGAGUGGAGAAGUCAUGUGGGAUGCGUUCUCCAUCCCUGAGCUGCGUAACUUCCUGCGGAUCCUGGACAAGGAGGAGGACGAGCAGAGAGAGGCGGUGAUUCGUCGCUACAAUUCUUACCGCCAGAGACUGCAGGACGCGCUGCUGGAGAGGAGCAGAAUAGUGUCAAUUUUGACGAAGAGGGGGAUGUGAACGCAGAGUGAGAAGAGAGGAUGCUGCGCCCGGACGAAGGGAUGAUACAGACAGAUGAUAAACUGACGCACAGCGAAGGAUGAACGGACGAAAUUCAGAUGCUGGAGUUUGAUUCGGCCGGAAUAAAGACUUCAAACUGCUCGCACCAAAGAUUCACUUAAUCGUGCCAUAACCCUUCAUCCUCUCCCUCUUCUUCUUCACUCUGUCCCGCUGUCGCAUCAUUUAUCUGAUUCCCCUUUGUAUCCCUCUCAACUUGUGAAAGACUCGAGGCCAUAUGUUGAGUUUUAUUUAAGUUUCUUUGUUUUAAAGGUCUGUACAUAUAUUUUUUUUAUUUAUAUCGGUGAAACUUUUUAUUGUUUUAUUUUGUUUUCCUGAAACAAAAGAAAUAAGUCUUAUUUUUAGUACAGAGGCGGAGCACCAAUCUGGUCGUUGACACAGACACGGAGAAACGUUUGUUCAGACUGAUACUGGAAAUACACAACGUGAGCGUCACCUGCACGAGCGUCACCUGCACGAGCGUCACCUGUAGCUGCAGGACGAGCAGACGAGAGAGAAAGUAAAGAAGCUCCAUCGUCGUUGAUUUGUGCUUUUAUAUAAGUUGGGAAAUAUUUCUGCAGUGAGAAAGGAGUCUCGAGUGUGCCAGAGAAAACAUUUAAGACUUGUUUUUAUUUAUGUUUUUUUAUAUAUUAAUCAAAUUUGAGUUAUUUGACCUAAUCAUCUUAUAUCUCGUUAAGUUUUUACUGGAUAAAUAUGUGCUAUCCUCCAAUUCAAAUAAGCAGCAAAUAGUGCUUUUAGGUUUUUUUAUAUAUUUGCCUACAUUUAAUUUUAAUGAUCAACUAUAUUGCACAUCUUUUAUUUAAUUUUUUCUAUUAUUAUUAUUAUUAUUAUUAUUAUUAUUAUUAUUAGUGGCACACUUCAGACUCCAUGGAGAGUUGUCCUGGUUGUUGUAGACGAAGGUACAGAGAAAUAAAAAGGUGAACUUCAGGUGUAAUGUAGUGAAACACUAAAAUAACACGGAAGCUUGCGAGUGCAGUUUUGCUUGUACGGAUUGUGUCGUGGCGUGUGAAGACGAGUCGGGAUUUAAAGCCAGACCUGAAGAGACUAAUGUAGUUUGGAUAGACUUGACCCCUGACCUUUGACCCUGCAUGGUCAGAGGGAGGGAACUGGUUCCUGGAAGUUGACUGAGAAGUUUAGAGGAAGUAGAAGAGAAGGAAGAAAUACAGUAGUGAGCGGUGUGACGACGGGCUUUUCCUCAUUCGCUUUUUGCAUUAACGAAAGCUCCUGUAAUCCCCAGCUGAGAGAGACGGAGGUCUGUGAGUGCUGAUGGCUGCGGAGAGCAAGGGGGCGGGGGGGGGGGGGAACAUGGCUGCAUUGUGCCGUUCUCCUGCAUGUCUGUCUGCAGGCUUUUAUUUAAAAAGCUCUUAUCUGAAGUUAAAGCGUGCGGCCUUGACCUCCUCGUCAACCCGAGACUCAGCUUUUGUUUCUGCUAAAAGGGGAAAACACGUAAGAGGGAAAGAAAGACAAGAAAUGAAAGAAAGAUGCUUCAGCAAGUGUAAAAGAAAGUACAGAAGUUGUGCAGUAAGGACUCGCGACAUGUUUUAGUUGCCUUAAAUAGAUACGCAGCGUCGUCUGGAGAGUAUGCAACUUAUCAUUAAUGUCUUAGAGACCAAAGACGCUUGUUUUAGUUUUGAGUUGUUUCAGAUAUUAAAGACAAACAAAGAUAAAAACAAAGACGAUCAUUUGGACAAAUCGGAUUAUUAAAAAGAUGAUCCUCGUUUGAGCUGCAGAUACUGAAUGAAGUGCAACAGCGCCACCUGGUGGACAAACACUGCAACUCUCCUCACGUCUGUGUCAAACCAUCUUAUAGAUUUAUUUUUUUGUUAUAACCAAAGAUAUUUUUGUGGUGUUGCCUGGAGCAAAAGAUAUAUUGGAGGCCUCGUCCCACUGGAGGGAGAACAUUUAUCGUUUAGAGUUUUAUUUAAAGGGGUUUUAACCCCGGCGUAUCAAACACUGGGUUAAUGCUGUGGAAGCAAAUGAAUAAAGGUUGGAUGGAUUUGAAUCUUACUCGCAGCUGAAUGCCUAAUUAUGUAGGAGUCUUACUGAGGAUGACAUGGAGUUGCAUUAUGGGAAAUGUAGUUUCCAGUGUUUUAGGAACUGGGAAGUACCCAAACUUUAAGGACGUGCAAACAUAAUUACAAUUACAAGUCUUUUGGACUUUUUGUGGUUUAAAUUUAAAAUAAGAAUUUAAGAACUAGAACUUGUAGAUAUUAAAAGAUAUUCACAUAAAUUAGGUAUUCAGUUGCUUACAAAGCUCAAACAGUUUUGCCUUAUUUUGCUUCCCUAUAAUAUAAUAUUAAAAUGAUACGAAAGUCUGCAUGGAAACAGUAAAUGAAUCUUAAAGCCAUGUUGUUGUUUGUGUAUCUGAUAAACAACCACAUCAUCCA